GCUUAUUUAGCGGAGGCGGUAAAAAUGGCUAGUUCCGCGCGGUUAACUGGGUCAGGGAAGGUUGCGGGUUAGCCGCAGCCAUCGUCACUGGCCAACAUCACAGGGAAAACAUCCGUCCCUCGAACCUGCAACAGCUGGGCCAGAGGUGCUUCGAUACCUAUCAUCCCUCCGCGUCCACCUCCUCACACCGCCGUAUACCUACCUCUUUUGCUGCUGCGGGUGCUAGCAAGCAUUCUCAGCCCUUCAACUACUUCUCCAACACAUCAAUACCCUCCAAUCUGCCACAUUACACCCUGAAGAGGAAUCACGUCGCCGGAGGUGCAAGAGACGACCAUGGGUCUCCUGUACCCGGUUGGCGGUGCUACCGCUUUCCUCACAGUUGUUGGACUUUAUAUGCUCUUCAAUGGCGAGGGUGAAGCCUUCAACGUUGGCCUGUUUCUCGAGUCAGUGUCUCCAUAUACCUUUGCGACAAUAGGCAUAGGCCUAUGUAUCGGUUUAUCAGUCGUCGGAGCUGCAUGGGGAAUAUUCAUCACCGGCUCCUCGAUCAUAGGCGGUGCGGUCAAGGCCCCAAGAAUACGAACAAAAAAUCUAAUCUCCAUCAUCUUCUGCGAAGUCGUCGCCAUCUACGGCGUUAUCAUGUCUAUUGUCUUUUCGUCGAAGAUCGCCUACGUCCCCACCGAAAACCUGCAUUCCGGAAGCAACCUGUACACGGGUUACGCGUUAUUCUGGGGUGGUUUGACGGUCGGUGUAUGCAAUCUCAUCUGCGGUAUUGCUGUCGGAAUCAACGGAAGCAGUGCUGCAUUGGCUGAUGCGGCGGAUUCUUCCCUAUUCGUGAAAAUCCUCGUGAUUGAGAUUUUUAGCUCCGUCCUCGGUCUCUUCGGUCUGAUUGUUGGCCUACUGAUAUCCGGAAAGGCAAACGAUUUUGCUUGAACGUUGUGAAACAGUCGAGAGAAUUACAAUGGAAUUCAUUUGGAUAACCUCGAAACGCGGAAACCCAUUCCCUUCCACACAACGGGGAUGAGGUGGGAGAGUCUCGUGGCGCCAGGAUCCUCUCCUGCAGUACAAAAUAACUGGCGCCGCUUUUUUUGAUAACCCUUUACUUAUUUACGAUUUUCCAUUUCUCUUCAACCAAUGAUGAAAUCGAUCUGGGGCGAUUUAGAUUACCAUUAACCAUGUGAUAUUUACGAAUGGAAUAGACAUGGAGUCAUAACUUGUUUUUUAAUACGGCAAACAUGGGAAGGAGGGGAAGAUUGUGAACCAGGAAGGGGGUUUGAAUCACUGUCCGCCCGGUCUGUUGUUUUGCUAUAUCAUGUAUAGUAUUUGUUGCUGCAUCGGGGAAUUAUAUAUCUCUUGUGAUCUUCCCGUCAUAUGUCAAUUUAUUUCACAGUGUGGACGGUUUGCCACUCACUCUUAACAUUAUAACAUGGAACCUCAUAAAUACCAUAAGCUGAACACUUGAUAAAUGCCUAAUGCCGUCGUAUCUGACGCAGCUCCAUGCCUGGUUUUACUCAGCCAGCAUAAAUUCACAGCGGGGAAAGAUAUGGCAGAAGGCUGCCUUGUACAAAUACAUCUUCUACGUAGAUCAUAGAGGGAAAGAUACUCUCCCA